AUGGCUUUACCGGCUCAGCUGAAGGGCAUCCAGCACUACCUGCGGACCGCACAGGAGCACGAGAAACGGGACCCGGUCGUGGCUUAUUACUGUCGACUCUAUGCUAUGCAGACAGGCAUGAAGCUGGACAGCAAAACACCAGAGUGCCGAAAGUUCCUGGUCAAACUCAUGGACCAGCUGGAGACGAUGAAGAAGGAGCUGAGUGACAACGACUCCAUCACUCAGGAGGUGGUCGGUAACGCCCACAUCGAAAACUACGCCUUAAAGCUCUUCCUCUACGCCGACAACGAGGACCGAUCAGGCCGAUUCCACAAGAACAUGAUCAAAUCUUUCUACUCUGCCAGUUUGCUGCUGGAUGUCGUGUCUGUGUUCGGGGAGUUGUCGGAGGAGAACGUCCAGCACAGGAAGUACGCCCGCUGGAAGGCCACCUACAUCCACAACUGUUUGAAGAAUGGCGAGACCCCUCAGGCCGGGCCCAUCGGCAUGGACCAGGACGAGGAAGCAGAUGAGUUUGGAGCUGAAGGUUUCUCAGGCCAGGGUCUCUCCCACGGGGGUUCCUUCAGGGACCACCAGGACAACCAGGACCAGAGUUUGGGGCCGGGUCCUGCCCCGGGUAUUGGCUUUAGUCCAGGUCCAGGGCCGUCGGCCCCCACCACCAACUUCAACAACAUCCACAUCCCACCAGGGGCCCACGCACCGGCCAACACUCCGGCCGAGCUGCCUCCACCCACAGCAGAAGCCGUUAAACCAGUGCCUCUCCCCCGAUCAGUGCCCACUGUUGACCCCACACUGCUCAACGCCCAGCAGCAGGGCGGCGUUCAUCUCUCCCCAGACGACUUCACCAAGGCCCAGAAGUACUGCAAGUACGCCGGCAGCGCCCUGCAGUACGAGGACGUCGGCACGGCCAUCCAGAACCUCCAGAAAGCCCUGCAGCUCCUCACCACCGGCAAAGAAUGAAACCUUUGUCCUCCUCCGAUCCAAUCCCUCCUUCCACGCCUCCCUCCCCUUUUUCUCUCCAGCAGCGCCGCUCUCUCUAUCUGCACUGAUCUGAGGACGCACACACACUCACACACACACACUGAGGCCGUUCAGCUCGCCGUCAGAGGACAUGAUGGAAAUCAGUCUGCAACAAUGGCUGCCAGUGUCCGACCCUGCGUCGCUCUGACUGACUGACUGACAGACUGACGGCUAUUAGAGCCCAAACAGCAGGGCAGAGCUUCUUUAUUGACCCGUUAUUGGCUUAUUCCAGAUUCAUCAGGAUCCUCACAUACAGACAUUGUUGUGAUGCAGCCAAAUAGAAGUAGUUUAAUAGAGCGCACUCAUUUCAUACACAGUGGCCGUUCAGUGUGGUUUACAAUUUACACUAAAUAAGUCAUAAGACAGGAUCAAAACAAAACAUUAAAAUUAAAUCCAGAAAUAGUUUGCGAUCAGAUUCUGUUUCUGCGCUCAGAUCCUGCGCUUCUUCCCCCGUCGUCUGCUAACGUCCGGCUCCUCUCUCUGGUUUAGUGUUGAUAAACUGACUCUAAUGGUGUGAAUCAUCAGAUUCUUCUUUCUGAACCUGGCUCUGCCUUCAUCGCCGUCUUCUCAUCGGACUCUACAAGAAGAAGCAUGUUUCAAAAACUACAGCCGCCCCCAGCAGACUGACGAACAUGACGCGUGACUUAGCUAGAGCAGGAAAUCACAGCUGACCACCGACUGACGUUUGCUACGGACUAAACUCUGACUGACUGAGCCGGCUGACUCGUGGAGCAGUUCCUCUUGCAUGCAGGUGAUGAAUCUGACUGCCGAGCAGCUUUCCAGAAGCCGGUUUCUUCAGAUUCUUCUCGUCCUCUGCAGCUGAGUUAGUUGACAGCGGCCACAUCUUCCUCCAUUGUAUUCUUAACGGAAGAACUGACCCUCAAACCUUUUUCUUUCUUUUCUUUACCUGUAAAAUGCAGUUCAGAAUGUGUUUGACUACAUUUGGGUUACACUUUGAUUUAGUGUUGACAUAUCUCUGUCUCUGAGGCCGUGAUUUAGUUUCUGCUUGUUAUUUAACAAUUAAUUUAAGUUUCUCAGAACUUAUUGUAGUGGGCAGGACUUUAAGGGUGUUCUCUCAUAUCUCAUCAUCAGAGUGGUUCAAGUUCAUUUGAAUAAAAUAUUUGAAAUGAU